AUGUUUAAGGAGUCACUCAGACGUCAUGUAAAUGUUCUUGAAAUUCAGAAAAAUCCUUGAAAUUUGAAAUAUCUGGUAGAAUUUUCCGUCGUUAAAGCGUAAACUUUUGUAAUCAAAAUUGUUCUUCUCGAUUAUUUCCAUCAUAACAUUGAAAAAUUGAGGAUAAAGUCGAAUUUGAGGUUCCUGAUCUCGAAAAAAAAAACUAAAUUAACUUGAAGAAUAAAUAUAUUUUCAAAAAAAAACCCGAUAACGCAUUUAUGAAACGGUUUCUGCAAAAGUUUAGUCUCAAAACUCGAGUUACUUUUCUCAAAAUCCUAAAAAUACCAUCUUUCCAGCCGGUUCCUUACAAAGAAUCGACGCCGGUGAUCCGGGAGUUUUUCAUCGAAAACGACUGUCCCUACGAGAAGCCGUGGUUCUUCGUCGACGUUCUCACCGCCAUCGAGUACGCCAAAACGUUUCCUUUCCUUCGGUUGCUGGACCGUCUCGAUCAGGUUUUCCCUAUCUUUUUGAGAUAAUUUUCAAAUCUUGACUUCAGAUCCGACUUCUGCGCAGGGUAACAAUAUCGUGUUAUCUUCUGCAUUACACGUUCGUCGGGGAAAGACAAGACUUGUCGAAAUUGCUGUUUCCAGAUGGCAGCGGGCUUCAUGCGCCACCCGAAAGGUUCGACAUUGAGAAAACUUCAAAUUAAGAGUGUUAUCUUUGAAAAUAUUGAGACCCUUUUUCGUCCUCAGAAACCUUAAAAAAGUCUCUAGAGCCUCGAAAAGUCGAAAAAAAAAAUGUCAGACAUGAAUAUUCCUUUUCUAGAGCUCAAAACCACCUUUUUUUUCCCGAAAAUGUGUUUUUUUUUCACCCAAUAUUUCUUUUUCCCAUCGAAAAAGUUCAGAUUCGAGCUGGCGUUCCGAAAAGUUUGCAAGGGGGUCGUGAAUCUGGCGACGACAAUGAUCAAGGCCAGAGUAGAUGUCCGGGAAUAUGUUCUACUCAAGGCGAUUGUCCUCUGUAAUCCAGGUAGAGUUGAAAAUUUCAAUGGGAAAAUUUUUGAACUAUCUCUAUGACGAUGAAGCUGCGAAAAACAAGCUAGCGAGAUGAUCCCGAAGAAAAAUCAUAUAGUCUGUUCAGAUUUUGAAUGUCAAGUCGUCGCUCAAGCUCCGCCCUUAAUGGUGCGAUGAACCAAUCAGAGAGUGAGCCACCCAAAGAGUGUUUUUGAAUGACGUCAUUUCACUUGACAUUAAAAAUCUAAACAGACUAUAUCAAGACAGUUGAAAUCACCAUUCACAUCAGCCUAUUUUUGCCAAUUAUUUACUCCUUAUUCGGAGCUUUUUAGUCACAAUCCUGCUUUUUGCAGCGGUCUCCGAUCUCUCGCCCAGCGCUCAGAAGCUGCUGACAGAGGAACGAGCUCGGUACGGUCAGACACUAUUCGACUACUGUAUGGUCCAGCGAGGCGUCACCGAGGGACCUUCGAGAUUUGCGGCGCUGCUCAACAUCCUCGAGCAGCUCGAGCAACUCGCCCAGAAAGACAAGGAUUUCUACGUUCUUCUCGCCGCCUCCCCACAUGACGACUUUAUCCUUCCUUACCCGAAAGGACACACUUCUAAUCGGCUCAUGUUGGAGGUCAUGGAUGUUUGA